CUGUAUAUUAAAGUGAUUACUAUGCUAUACCACAGUGGAAUGAAUAUAAGUUGAAGCUACAGCAAAGAGUGGGAGAGUGACCCAACUCUCAAACCGUGGAUUGUUCUGUUUGAUGUAAAAGUGGUAAGUGCAUGAUUAUUAUUGUCAUUCAUUUUUUGACAAAUUUUCGCCUGUUGUGGUGUGCACAUGUGUGAGUAAAAUGAAUGCAGAAACAUAUUUGUCAUAUUUCCUCUUUUUUUCUAACUGCAUUUGCCACAUUUCCUCUUUUUUUUUUUCUAACUGCAUUUGCCAUGUUUUGAUCUGUUUCCCUGUUGUAUUGUUCUCCUGUCUGUGAAAUUCAUUCAUUCUUACCAUUUUAUUUUGUCACUAUUUAGUUUUUUUUUUUUUUUUAAAUAAAGGUACUUAUAAGCCAUGCUCAGUAUAAAAUUCGAUCACAUUCUUUUGGGUUUUUGUUGGAGUGGGCGGGUUUUGGAGAGUUUUUGGGCUGGAAUCUUUGGAUCAAUCUGGCAACACUUAAUGGGUGUGAACAAAAAAAAACAUCACUCAGUCGGGAAUUCUACGAAUGUUUUAUGUUUUGGAUUCCUCUUUCAGUUCGAUAAAAUAACCAUGAACAGUUAGUAAAACACAGUCGUUUUAAAAUAUUUGUUUUUAGUCGUUUUUAGUGCUCUGUUAUUCGGUUUUAUGUGCAGCUCAGGCACGAGAGAGACGGGAGCAGAUUCCUUCACUGCAAGAUCAUGAAUCUUAAAGCAGAUAUGACGGAACUCUACAGCGAAACGAGGAACAUUGUUUUACUCUCUGUCUUUCUGACAGUUUUGAAUGGUGUGUCUGGUGAGGUUGGUGAAACUAAGAAGCUGUCCAUUUUGGAGGGAGAUUCCAUUACAUUACACACCAACCUUACUGAAAUACACGAGGUUGAUCUGAUGAUGUGGAUGUAUGGAGCUCAGAAGUCUAUUAUCGCUAAACUCAGUGGAAAAAAUCUGAUGAUUUCAUAUUAUGAUGUUGAUGACGGACGAUUCGGAGACAGACUGCAGCUGGACAAUCAGACCGGAUCCCUGACCAUCAGUGACAUCAGGACCAAACACUCUGGAGAUUAUCAGCUAAGGAUCAUCAGCAGCAAGACCUCAUACAAGACAUUUAGUGUGACCGUCCAUGAUGUGUUUUUUGCUGGGAUAACAAACAAGAAAGAAGGAGAAUCCAUCACUCUACAUUCUGGUGUUAAUGAAAUUCAGAAACGUGAUGUGAUUCUGUGGAUGUUUGGACCAUUGAAUCCAGACAUUUUAAUAGCUGAAAUCAAUAUUACAGUUCAUAAGAUCUCAUAUAGUAAAGAUGUGAGAUUCAGUGACAGACUACAGCUGGAUGAUCAGACUGGAUCUCUGACCAUCAUAAACAGCAGAACCACAGAUACUGGAGUUUAUCAACUACAGAUCACCAACACUAAAGAGACCUUUUACAAGAGAUUUGAUGUUUUUGUUGCUGUUCCUGAUCCAACUCUGUCUUCAGGUGUUUUAGCUGCACUGGUUUGUAUCUUUGCGCUGCUGGUUGUGGCUGCAGUUGUAAUCGCUGGUGUGUGUUACUAUCGCCGCAAGUACUCUCGACUGAAGGAUGAAAUGAAGACAAAAGAAGUGACAGAGGGAGAUUCUGUCACUCUACACACUGGUAUAACUGAACUACAGAGAUAUGAUAAAAUACUCUGGAGUUUCGGGCCUAGAGGCUCAAAUUCAUUGCUCAUUGCUGAAAUUCUCGAAAGGACCAGUAAGAUCUCAUUUGGAGAUGACGAGAGAUUCAGAGACCGACUGCAGCUAAACAGCGAGACUGGAGAUCUCACCAUUAGAGAUGUCAAAUUCACACACUCGGGAGAUUAUCAUCUGAAGCUCUUCAGCAACAAAAUGAUCAAGUCCAAAAGAUUCAGGGUUAUUCUCUAUGUGGACUCACUACGAUUCUCAGAGGGAGAAAACGUCACUCUAAACACUGGUGUUGGUGAACUACAGACAGAUGAUCAGGUGCUCUGGAGGUUUGGAUCUGAAGACACCAUUAUAGCUAAAAGAUAUAGAAACACCAAUCAGAUCUCAUAUAAUGAUGCUCAUGAUGAGAGAUUCAGAGGCAGACUGAAUAUGGAUAAUAAGACUGGAUCUCUCAGUAUCACAAACGCCAAAAGCACAGACUCUGGAGUUUAUCACCUACAAAUCAGCAGCAGAAAUAACAUCUCAUAUAAGAAGUUAAGAGUUACAGUAUGGUUGGAUACAGUGAAAGUGACCGCGGGAGACUCCGUCACUCUAAACACUAAUAUUCCUGAACUAGAUGGAGACAGUAAGAUACUGUGGACACAUGGAGACAAUGACACUUGCAUUGCUGAAAUCAACAAAGCCACCAGUAAGAUCUCACUGUAUCGUGGUAAUGAUGUGAGAUUCAGAGACAGACUGCAGCUGGAUCACCGGACCGGAUCUCUGACCAUCUGGAACAUCAGCGUCGCACAUUCUGAUGUUUAUAAGCUGCAGAUCAGCAGCAGCAGAGGGAAUAAAUGCAAAAGAUUGGUGGUUAUUGUCAAAGAAAACAAAGUGUCAGCGAUGGAGGGAGAAUGUGCCAAACUAAACACUGAUAUUAGUGAACUACAGAGAGAUGUUCUGAUACUGUGGAUGUUCGGCCCCGACGACAAUCUUAUAGCUAAAGCUGAUAUAGAGAAUAAGAGGACAUGUACAUAUGAUGGUUCUGGUGGGAGAUUCAGGGACAGAUUGGUGUUGGACCGUCAGACUGGAUCUCUGACCAUCACAAACAUCACAAACACUGACUCUGGACUGUAUAAACUCAAGAUCAUCAGCAGCAGAGAGACCAAAUAUAAGCGAUUCAGAGUUACUGUGCAUGUUGUGAGAGAGAUGGACACAGGAGAUGCUGCGGGAUCCCACCAGAGAGAAAACUCAGAGGGGAUGCCCUUGCUUCCAGUGAACAGCAGCAGUAGUGUUUGACAGAGUAAUCUUAUUCCCAUUAUUUUUAUUCAUUUAUUUAUUUAUUUUUAAUGAAGCAUUAAGAUCCACCCCACAAACAGACACUAUCUGUUCGGUGCUGUUGAGCUGUGAAAUUACUAAAAAAAUAAUUUUGUUUUGUAGUUAUUACACACCAGUAUUCCCUGCCUGAUGUAUGUGAUGACAUGAAAAGCAGGUUAAUUUGCACGUUUAAUAGUGGCGGCUGGUGCCAAAACAUUUUGGGGCGGUGUAACAAACUGAAAAUCACACCGUCAGAAGCAAGGGAUUGAAUGUGAUUGUUAAAUAGCCAUUUGACAGUUGAUAUAAUGGUGCUUAGCUAAAAAAUUGACAAUUUGACUGUUAAAACACAUAAUACGGUACCACUAAUGAGUGAAUUUGAGUUGAUUGUGGGUUUAUUAUUGUCAGCAGUAAAGUGCCAGGACUUUGAGAUGGCAAACAGGGAAAAUGAUAAAAGGCAUUACAUACACACUGCAUCCAGUGUAGACAGCAUUACUGAUUGUAAUGGGUGUUCUUUCAUUUGGAAGGAAUGCUACACCAACCUGAAACUUGUUCCACUUCAGUGGGGAUGAUCUCUUGCAGUCUCGAGCUUCUGAGACAGAAAGAGAUUCAUUGACAAGAGUCGAGAAUGUAAGCAGUGAUCAUUGCACUCCGUUAGGAUGGACUCAUCUUUAGCAGAGGCUUGUUAAAGGCGAUAAAAUAAUCGGAUUAGAUAUCGCCCCAGAGCUCAACAUGAGAAGGAUAAGCAUACAUUGUCCACAGAUGAUUUCUAUCAUAUACCAUAUCAUAUCAUAUAAAAAUCAAUUAUUAUUAUUUUGUGUGUGUGGCUCAGGGAGGACGGCACCCUAGCGCCCUCUAUUGGCCAGCCAUCCCUGUGUUUAACCUUGAGGUCAGAACAUUUCUGUCUGUCUUUAAAGGGGAACAGUGUGUCAGGUACUUUAACACUAUCCAUGUUGGGCUAGAUUUUCCAGUAUUUUCAUGAUACUUUUAUUGCCAAAACAUAUCUAUCUACAAGAGUAAAUUCCAAACUGUGACACUAGAGAUCUAGUAAAUUACAAAGAUAGCAGGAGAGAGUGUUUCUGCUUAAAACGGCACGAUAUAUUAAUAACACUGAUGUGUUUGAGUCUGUGAAUCCACAAGUGGUAGUGAUAUUUACCAAAUCUUCACUCAGUAGAAUGAUUUCUGUCUAAAACGUAUGAAAUGUAACAAAUGUAUGUACUUUAAUAAAUACAUUGAAUUCUAA